GAAAAAAACAGUUUCCCAUUGGCUAGAGGCUUCGGCCCUGCAAAAAAUAAGGCUUCGUCUCGUCGCGCCUCCAUCUCUGGCCGGGAAACUCGUAUCCUUCCACCGCCGAGAACUCGAGCGUCGGCGGUGGUGCUGAUCUUCACGGUUUCCUCUUGUCUCUGCAAAAGCCGCGGUCUUCGAUUGUCAGCAGGAUUCCACAAUGGCGAAGGAGCCUCGUGUGAAGACAUGGAGAUUACUCAACCAAAUGUAGAGAUUACUGCGAGAUAGCUUCACAGUUCGCUUCCUGCUCCGGAGACAAGAUGGAACCUACAGUCGCGGUGUUUGACGGUCUCAAAGGCUUCGCAAAGUCGACCCAGGACUUCGUCUCCGGUCUCAUUCACCACCACGACCCCUCAUCCUCCCGCAACAAUCCGAUUGAAAUCUUGAAGCGGCUCCAGAGAGAAGCAUUUUCCGAUCUCAUGAGACUGCGGGACAGACAGGACAAGAUUGAAAGGCUUCUUUCCAUCUACAAGACUUCGAACAAAGGUCCCUUCGAAGAAGCUGGUACCCGUGUGAGGGGGGAGGUUGAUGUUUCAGGAGCUGUACUGAAGAUGGAUACUGUUGAUCAGCAAAACUUCGAUGCUCUUAGAAGAGCAGGAAUAAGGACUGGAGUCAAUGCAAGGUUCACUUUUGAAACUCAAAUACGAGGUAAAGAUUACUUUGUGGCGGAGCUAAUGGCCAGCCAAAAAGCUGCAGAAGACUUUACCGAUUUCUCAGGAAAUUUACCGCUAUCCCUCUCGAAAGUAUUUUACAAGGCAAAUAUUACCGACUGGUUUUCUGCUGCGGCAAUCCCGAUUGGAGCUCACUGCAGAGAUAUAGGGAAUGAUUCAAGCUCUUCCCGUCAGGGAAAAGGCCUCACUGAUAAUUCAUCGCUUGGACCUCCCUUGGUAAGUCAACCGCCUGGAAGUGCAUUUGGAGUAACAGCAAGAAAAGCAAAUUUUAUGGCUACGCUGGGGCAUCUUGUUUCUGGACUGGAGAUGCCAUUAGAUCCUCAUGGAAUUAGGCAUAUUUUCAGUACCUUUGGGCAAGUGGUAUGUGAUUUGCCCAGAGAGAUGAAGUUAUCCAUUGUGGGUGUCCAUCAGAUUCCAAUAAUUUCUGAUCAACGCCUAAGUCUUGGACCAUUUGCAAUUCCACUGAGCCCUUUGAAGCGUCGCCAAGAUUCUGAUGUUUCAGUAAUAAGCACACCGGGUGCCUCUUCGGGAUCCAUUGCUGUAAUGCUUGAAUCUCAGCUUGAUGAGGACACAAGAAUUGGAGGUUGGGUUGAGAUGAAAAGUUCAGACAACAAGAAUAUGAAAUGGGCUAUAGCCGUCUCCGAUGACUCCGAAGAUGAAUUUGGGUGGGGCUUGUGUUUAAGUGGAGCCACCGAGGGCUCCAAUAGACUGAACCGUUUUCAAGUUGAAUCUUACCUUAAGUUCAACGUCGGAAAGAGGUUCACUGUGAAGCCGGGUCUUGUACAUGUAAUGGAUGGCAGUUCCAGAAUUACUGCCUUAUUGGUUCGGUCUAACUGGUCCUUGUGAACUGUAGUUGCUUCAUCAUCCCCAAAGUAUCCUAGGCUACUCCUUAUUGCAGAGAAUUAGAAGAUGGCAUUCUUUAUAAAGUCGCUAGUUUUGCAGAUA